CAUAAUCAUUUUUUUCAGAUGUUACGAUGACUGGAAGAAAUGUGUUUACAGUGAAGUUUAUCGUUUUUCUUUUUCUAUUUUUUUCUAUUGUUUUGUACAUUGUUCACAGUUUCUACGUUGAUCCACUUGUCUACACGCAGAUCCAUAAGUAUCUACCAGGACAAAGCAGCCCAGAGUACAGGGUUGUACCGGCCGGACUGGACGGUAACAGUGUACAGGUUGUACCGGCCGGUUUGAACGUGCACGAUGGGGAGGAGUGCUAUCAAACCUUUCUAGAGAAAUCCAAAGAAAAGAAUCUUCCAGUUGGGAGUAUACCCUGGUUGGAUGAUGCUACUGUACAGUUGUUGUGUACAUUACUACAUAAGGACCUGUCUGUACUUGAGUGGGGUUGUGGAGGUUCAACGGUAUACUUCUCCAGGUUCAGUAUCCAAUAUUCUCCAGGUUCAGUAUCCAAUAUUCUCCAGGUUCAGUAUCCAAUAUUCUCCAGGUUCAGUAUCCAAUAUUCUCCAGGUUUAGUAUCCAAUAUUCUCCAGGUUCAGUAUCAAAUAUUAUCCAGAUUCAGUAUCCAAUAUUCUCCAGGUUCAGUAUCCAAUAUUCUCCAGGUUCAGUAUCCAAUAUUCUACAGGUUCAGAAUCCAAUAUUCUCAAAGUUCAGUAUCCAGUAUUCUCCAGGUUCAGUAUCCAAUAUUCUCCAAGUAUAAAGAAUAACUUGGUCUA